GCUGGUCAAAGCCACCGAAUCCUUACAAAACUUCUCCCCGGCGGCCGAUUCGUCCUUCGACCACUUCCAGCUGGACAUUGCCAGCGAACUGAGUCUGCUCAGUAACCUGCAGUUCGCCACAGUGCCCGACGCCCCAGUCAUCGAUACCCAGCGCACCUACGCCUACGACCAGAUCUACCUCUGCUGGCGGCUGCCCGAGGACUCUGCCGAGGCCUGGCACUACGAGGUGGGGUACCGCCAGGCCGAGCACCCACCCAAGGGCCUGCCGCGCUGGCACAGGAUCGAGGAGGUGCAGGGCACGGGCACGGCCGUGGGGUGCCUGGAGUUGGACCGCGUCUACGCGCUGAGGGUGCGCGGGUACAACAAGGCGGGCUACGGGGAGUACAGCGAGGAAAUCUACCUCCGCAGCCCUCCCGCACCAGUCCUCCAUUUCCUCCUGGACAACAAAUGGGGUUAUAGCAGAGACCGCCUCGUCGUCAGCAAGGACCAACAGGCUGUCCGUAGCGUUGCCGGUCUCCCCAUGCUCUUCGCGGCUGAGCAGAUCAUGACCAGCUGCCACUUGUGCAUUGACCUGGUCGUUGGCGAUGUGGCUCUGACCCAGGGCAGGCACUACUGGGCGUGCUCAGUCGACCCGACCUCUUACCUGGUCAAGGUCGGGGUGGGGCUGGAGAGCAAACUCCUGGAGUGGUUCCAAGUGCCCCAGGACGUGGUCAGUCCCAGGUAG